AUGGCGGCUCGCUGGAGAUCAAGAUCUCGUUCUCUACUGUUACCGAUCUGUACAAUUGUUGCGAUCCUAAUCCAUGGCGCUCACUCCUUCUACCUCCCUGGCGUCGCUCCUCAGGAUUUCACUAACGGUGCUGAGUUGAUGGUGAAAGUGAAUAAAUUGACCUCAAUAAAGACACAACUUCCUUACUCGUACUAUACUCUUCCUUUCUGUAGCCCAUCCAAGAUUGUAGACAGUGCAGAGAAUCUUGGGGAAGUACUUCGUGGCGACCGCAUUGAAAAUUCUCCCUAUGUGUUUAGAAUGGGGGAUGCAAAGAUGUGCAGCAUUCUUUGCCGACAAACACUUGAUGCCAAAACCGCAAAGGCAUUUAAAGAGAAGAUUGAUGAUGAGUAUCGGGUCAACAUGAUCCUUGAUAACCUCCCUCUUGUUGUUCCCAUCCAAAGGCUGGAUCAGGAAUCUCCUCCUGUUUAUCAGCUUGGUUACCAUGUAGGGCUCAAAGGCCAAUACAGCGGGAGCAAAGAGGAAAAGUAUUUUAUUCACAAUCAUCUGUCGUUCACUGUCAAGUAUCAUAAAGAUACACAAAGUGAUUCUGCAAGGAUUGUUGGAUUUGAAGUGAAACCAUUCAGUGUUAGACAUGCAUAUGAUGGGAAGUGGAAUGAUGAAAAGACUCGUUUAACAACAUGUGACCCCCACACAAGACACACUGUUGUUAAUUCUAACACUCCUCAAGAAGUUGAAGACAAAGCUGAAAUCAUUUUCACAUAUGAUGUUGAGUUUCAGGAGAGUGAUGUGAAGUGGGCUUCUAGGUGGGAUGCCUAUCUCUUGAUGACUGAUGACCAAAUUCACUGGUUUUCAAUUGUCAAUUCGUUGAUGAUUGUCCUUUUUCUAUCGGGCAUGGUGGCCAUGAUCAUGCUACGAACCCUUUACCGUGAUAUAUCCAAGUACAACGAACUUGAGACCCAGGAAGAAGCUCAAGAAGAGACUGGAUGGAAGCUUGUCCAUGGAGAUGUUUUCAGGCCUCCAUCUAAUUCAGAUUUGCUUUGUGUCUAUGUCGGAACCGGGGUUCAGUUUUUGGAAUGA